ACGCUGCAUGCCCACCAUGGACCUCAACAUUCAGUGUGAGCAGCUGAGCGACUCCCGGUGGGCUGAGCUCCUGCCCCGCAUCCAGCAGUGCCAGUGGGUCAGGCUGGAUGAUUGCGGCCUCUCUGAGGUGCGGUGCAAGGACCUCAGCUCUGCGCUUCAGGCCAACCCUGCCCUGACGGAGCUGAACCUGCGCAACAAUGAGCUGGGCAACGCGGGCGUGCAGCUGGUGCUGCAGGGCCUGCAGAGCCCCACCUGCAGGAUUCAGAAGCUGAGCCUGCAGAACUGCGGCCUGACGGCGGCCGGCUGUGCAGUCCUGCCCGGCGUGCUGUGCGCCCUGUCCACCCUGCGUGAACUCUGUCUCAGCGACAACCCCUUUGGAGACACGGGCCUGCAGCUGCUCUGCGAGGGGCUCCUGGAUGCUCGGUGCCACCUGGAGAGACUGCAAUGUGGCCAGCGGUCCAGUGUGGGAGACACUGGGAGUGACCACAGUGAGUGCCAUGACCUUGUCCUGACCUCUGUCCCGCCCCCUUCCAGGCUAGGGGACUGCGACGUGACCAAUAACGGUUGUAGCAGCCUGGCGUCAGCCCUGCUGGCCAACCACAGCCUGCGGGUGCUGGAGCUCAGCAACAACUGCAUGGGGGACCCUGGCGUUCAGCGGCUGGUGGACAGCCUCAGGCAGCCAGGCUGCGCCCUGGCCCUGGAGAAGCUAGUCCUCUAUGACAUCUACUGGACCCAGGCGAUGGAGGACCAGCUUCAGGCCCUGGAGGAAGCCAGGCCGUCUCUGAGGGUUAUCUCUUGAUGGACACGGACCUGGCCUCUGGACCUGUACUUGGAGACACAGCCUAGUCUGCCCUGGGGCAGCAGCUUAGAGUUUGGCUUCUGCCCAAAGAGAAACAAUGUAAUCAUUUCUGCAAGAAAAAUCUAGACACUUUGUAAUGAUUAAACAGCUUUGUUGGGAGGAA